CACAGAAUCGCUUUACAGAAUCGAUACGACUAGUCUCUAGUCUCUUCUAGUGACGAUGAAUUCGACUUUCUUCUCACAAAUUCAGCUGAGUUCAGCUAGGACGUAAUACAAACAUGGCUUCGUGUGUGAAAAACAUGACUCGAUAGAAAUGAAGGGCAAUAAGCAAGUUAUUGCUGAUUCAACCACGCGCGUGAUACAACGUUUUACGGAGACGCUUUGUCGAACUUUUAGCUCUAUCGACUCCAAUCAUCUUGGAUCUUAAUUCGCAUCCGAUAUCGGACAGCAUGGAGAACGAUAUGACUGACGAGUGUAAUUCGAGCGAGGAGGAGGACAGCCCGUUGAAUUCGCGGAGGUCGUCAUUUUCCAGGAGGAAUCUGGGCUUUCAGCCGCAGAAGGAAAUGAUGUACAACAGGUUCCUGCCGUACGCGGACAGCCUCGACAAGGAGUCGCAGGAAUGGCUCGCCGAGAUCAAGGGAAAUCUAGGACGAGCCGUCAUGCUUCGCGAGCUCAAUCCAGGAUGCGUUUUAUGGACCAACAGAUUAAAUGUAUAUAUGAAAGUAUAUGGAAUGAAAUUCAGUAAGGAGGAUCAUAUAACGUUCGUAAAAUUGAUGUACGAACUUGUCACCAUACCAAAUUUGGAUCCAAAUUUAAUCACUAAAUUUUGUAGCACCUUAAUUUUACUACUGAAGAAAAAAGAAUUAAUUAGACCUGGUGAACUAGAACUUCCAUGGAGACCUUUAUAUGAAAUAUUACUUCUUUUAAAAGAUAAAUUUGCAGGACUAUAUCGUCAGCCUGCAUUGUUGAGAAAUAUCUUAUUUUGCGUGAUUCGCGCCCUAAAGAUUUAUUUCCCUUUAAGUGCCACGCAAGAAAUAUUAGACGAGUUAAGACCAACAUUUUGUCCUUUUGACAAUAUGACAAUGCGUACAAGUCUUCAGACUCUGGAAUGCAUUUUACCAUUGCAACUGCCACCUGAACAUCAUGUCAUCGGACACCAGUUAUGGUUUGAUGAAUUUAUGACCUUCUGGAAGGUAUGCCACAAUGCGCCGCUAUGGGAGAACCAAAUGUUGUGCUUAAUGACAAGAUUGGCAGCUAACAAUAUUGGAUACAUCGACUGGGAGCCGCAUUUUCCCUUGAUGUUUACCAGAUUUAUACGCUGCUUAAACUUGCCAGUGGUAUAUAAGCAAACGCAACACAGCAAGAGUCAUAAACUAGAAAUGGAAUAUAUAGCUCUGUGGAUAGUAGCAGUUUUGGGAAAUGGUUCAAGCGCACAGAUGUACUUAGAAAAGUUUUUAAAAACAAUAGAAACCUAUUUUCAUCCUGCCAAUUUUGGACGGUGGAUGGGAAAGUUAAGGGAACUUCUUAUCAAACUUCCAUAUCAUUUUAUCUCACGCUUACACAAAGAAAGAUACGCUAAACGAACAUGGGAGACUCCAAUUCCUAACAAUUAUAAAUUAACUGAUAGCGAUGUGGAUGCCUUCGUCAAGAGUAUGUUGCCCGUAGCUAUGACAGCUAUGUUCAGUAAACUCGGUGUGAACGACGCUUGCCACGCUUUGCAGUACCUUGCUACCAUGAGACCGAAUUUAGUGAUACCAGAUAUGUUGGACAGAAUGUAUUCUACGUUUGAUUCUUUGACUGAACCUCAUAAACUUACAGCUUCAAUGAUCUGUAUGGUAGCUGUUGCCAGACCGAUGGUGCAAGGUCCUAGAAAUAUAAACACAGACUACGCAUUCUCCGAAGGGCCAAUGCACGUAUUGCCACUGUUGUUUUCAUCUUUACCAGGGAUCGAUCCGAACGACAUUACCAAAUGCCUCGCCACCUUCCGCUUCAUUUCCGUUUACGCCACACUGAUCCCCAUAGUGGACUCCUCUAGAUCCACUGCGAUGAUGACGGAGGAUGAGAGGAUGAUCUGCGAGGCGACUUCGCGUUUCGAGGACUUCGUGCUGCAAUUUCUGGACCGGGUGUUUCUGUUCAUCGACUCCAGCUCGUUGGAGAACGUGCGGUUGGAGAACCGCGGCGGUAAUCUGAAAAGCAAGCUCGAAUCGAUCGCGGAGACCGCGCUUUCUGGCGUCUGCUCGACCCUGUUGAUGAAGACCAGCGAUGCGAUCUUUCGAAGCGCCCUGCACAAGCUGCGCGCGUUCAUGACAGAACGAAUCCUCGAGACGAAAGUCGCCGGGCAACUCGCCGCCGUUGUCUGCAAGAGCUUCUCCCGCUUUAACGGACGUGACACCCUGCACGCCCUAGUCCCGGUGCUCGCGCAGACGAUCCUGCCGCUCGUUAGCGAGGAGGAGGACAUGCUGAAGGAGGAGAACCUGGACCAUCGCCUCCUACACGCUCUACUCAUAUUGUCCGCGAUCGUCAACACUCCGGGCAGCAAUCUGAUACCGCACAUGGACACUCUGAUCAACGUUCUUGAUCGCGUUCUGCUUCUAAGGUCGAUGGAUGGGAAUAAAUUGGCCUGUCAUCUGCUCAAGUGCGUCCUCUGGUCGCUGUCGACCAUUGCUCCCUGCGAGUACAGAGCCGGUAAGAGAGACUACAAUGAUCCCGAUUAUCCUUACAUCAGGGAUUGGGGUCAGAGCGUGAACCUCGAUGACUUCUGUAUCAAAUGGUAUAUUCCUGGCGAAGAAGAGAUCGCGACUGUACAACGAAUAUUCUUCAGAUAUUUAUCAAUGCAAAUUGAUAAGCUCAAGGGAUACUGCCAAGAUGCUAAAUCAUUAAGUAGGGAAGAAUUGUUGGUCAGCUUAAAUAUCGUAUGCUGCAUCAUUAGAGGUGCCGAAUCUGUCCUACCAGUUUGGACGGAAACGCCACUUGAAGUAGUUAAAUCUUCCUUAGACUUGAAUGUACCUAAAGUGCCUAAGUAUAGAAUAAGUGGAGACGUUACAAUGCCUGAUGGUAGUAAUGUUAGGCAAUAUCUCACUGGGAUUAUGAGUCAAGUCCAAAAAACGAUGCUUGAAAAUUCAGAGGACAAUACCAAGAGUUUCUAUGUGUUAAUACGGAUUUGGACUAGUUUGUUACUGGGAAAAAUACGGCUGCGCGAAUUGCACGAUGAACGACGCAGGACUUUUCAAGUCGCCAAGAGAAUAUUCGAGGACAAAUUGAUGGGGAACAAGAAUCGGAUGGGUCCAUUGAUCCUGGAACGUUGUGACAUCCAGCACGAGUACCGACAACUUACACAAUUGGUCAUGCUAACCGAGACUCAUAAACAAAUCAUGUUCGAAUUAUUCACCUUAGCGAUAAGCAGAUACGGGGAUGUGCGUUCGAAGGCUCAGGACGGCCUCUUCUCCGCGUUCAAAAAUUUCCCUUAUUCUUCUAAAUUAAUAGUUCCUCGUCUCAUCGAUAUCCUGGCGAAAGACACCGAAGAGCAUCACGACGCUUACAAGGGUGUUCUGUAUAUGCUGCUUGGACCGCGACACGCUCCCCUGAUCACGGGUGAGGACUGCAGCAUGUUGAGAUCGUUAUGGCCGGCCGUUGUCCUUUCCAAACCGUCCGAGAAGCUUUCUGUGAUCCGAUUGAAGGAGAACGUCGUAGACAUUAUAAGCAAAUACUUUUAUAUGAAUACGAUCAAGCUGGAGAUACCCGACAGGUGUCUGACGACCGCGCGCGGCUUGUGGGAAAGCACUCCGCGAGCAACACCACCGCAGCCUGAUGACCUUGAAGUGGAAAGGGCCGCGGAAAACCUGAAGCAACUCAACGAGUUCAAUCUGACGACGUAUAUGGAUUUACUCGACGAGCUGCUACGUUGUGUACACGAAGAAUCUCUGCACUGGCGGCAUCGAUUAAUGGCGAUGAGCUUUAUGCGGGAUCUGUUUCAUCCGAAUCACAUCUAUUCCGCGAGAAUAGUGCGCUACUUCUUACAGGCGCUUAUACACGAUUCCUUGAAAGAGAGAAAAAUCGCUAUUAAAACAGUGGUAUUUAUGUUGAAGCAGCAAAAGCGAAAACAUCCAAAAGUGACAGUUGAUAUACGGGAUCUGUCCAAGAAGAGCGCGUUAAAUGAAAAGGAACAAGAUCGAAGUGUCAUGCCCGGAAUAAGGGACGACAAUACUUGGCUUCAGUACAAUUACGAGACUCGUCCGCAGACCGCCGAGCAGUGGGACGAAUCCAGAUACGUUCACCAACCGUACGUGGGCUAUUACGUCUGGCCGAAGACACUGGAGGUGUAUGCACCCUCGUCUCAGCAACCCCGCCUCGACGCGGAAGCGUGCGAACUGAUGACGGAUCAGGAGCUGGAAGUUCGCGCCUUUUUCGACGAUCCGCAACACAUCGACAAGCUGAUAAGCUAUCUCAGCUUGGAGGAGAAGAAGGGCAAGGACAAAUUCAACGGGUGUCGGUGCUUGCUCUUCAAGGGUCUGUUCCGCAACCACGGAAUCGUCCAUCUAAAGCACUUUCUGCCGCAUCUGCAGCGACUUGUGACGGAUAAGCACGAGAGCAGCCAACGAUGCGCCGCGGAGAUCACUGCCGGGAUAAUCCGGGGCUCCAAGCACUGGCCCUUCGAGAUGGUCCGCGAGAUGUGGCAAGUCAUGCUGCCCGUCGUAAGAACCGCGAUCGCGAAUUUAACCGAGGAGACCGUCAUGGACUGGGGUAUAUGCUUCGCGACUAUCCAACAACGCAGAGACCCGAACAGGCAUCACUGGCUACUCGAGUGCCUGAUGGAGGAGCCGCCGCUCAAGGACUCGGAAUCCUCCUUCGUGGAGUGCGGCCGUCUUUACAUACUGCAAGGCGCUCUGAAUCAACAGACCUGGCGGGUCACGGAAUUACUGCAACGUCUGCUGACCCGUCUGGAGACACGUUUGUUGAAUAAUCCCUUUCAAAACGUCCGGGAACGCCUGGGCUCGAUGCUGGUCACCGUAUUCGACGCCGAUCUCAAGUUUUCGCAUUGCUCAUCUGAUACAGCAAUCCCGCGAUUGCAGACUCUGAUCGAUAAGGUGGUCCCAAGAUUGAAGCUACUUGUUGAGGAUGACGCAACCAAGUUGAAUGGUCUAGAGGAAGGGAAUCUGUUGGGAAAAGUCGACGACGUGACUAAAUUGAACGAUCUCGAUGAAGAGAAUCUGUUGGAAAAGGUUACCGAUGUCUCGUUCGACGAACUGAAGAUAGUGUCCAAGGCGGAGGAGGAAGAAGUCCCUAAGAGAUUGUUGAAGACUGUCUGUAAAUGGAUUAUAGGUAGUCUGUCGCGUUCGCUGUACGCUGCUACACCAGGAUUCUACGAGGUAUUUCCGAUCGUAUGUCAAUUAGAGAACUCGGAGGCGGACGAGGAGCUCAACAAGCUGUGCUUAUACACUUUGGCGACCCUCGCGCAGGCGUUCACAUUGCCGGAAGUGAUGCCGGUGGCCUUGACCGCGGUGAAGACGAUGUCCGAGCAUUCGUCGUGGUCCGCCAGAUUCAUCAGCUUGGAGUUUCUUCAAGUAUUGGCCUUUCAUAACAUGGGUAUAAUUCUUAGUAACAUAACGUGGAUCGAUUGCGUUAAGAAUAUCGUUCUGCGCUUGUUAGAGGAUGAGCGUUUAGAGGUCAGGGAGAAGGCCAGCCUAGUGCUCGGCGGUUUGUUGCAUUGCACGUUCAUCGAGGACGGAGAGAAGUUUCUGGAGGAAUUCAAGAGAAAGGCGAGAACACGAUUGCAUAAGAAAAAAGUCGGUUCUGUUGAUGAUGCAUCGCUAAAUUCCGAAAAAAUCGACGCUAUACGUAUUCGUCAUGCGGGUGUACUCGGACUGUGCGCUUUCAUUCGAGCCCAUCCAUACGAUGUGCCAAAAUACGUGCCUUCAGUCUUCGAGCAUCUCGGCUUUCAUAUGAACGAUCCGCAGCCCAUACCGAUGACAAUAAGAAAGACUCUGAGUGAUUUCAAACGAACACAUUAUGAUGGCUGGGCUGGUCAUGCGCAACACUUUACGGAAGAACAAUUGGUUGUCUUACAAGAUUUAACGGUGCCACCAUCGCAUUAUGCUUAAGAGAGAGUAAUUGGAUAUCAAAUUUUACAAUACAAAUAUGCAAUGACGUAUCAUAUUGCAUGAUACUAAAACUGAUAAUCACAGCAUUGAUUACAAUAAAAAUCAUAUUCGAAAAAAAUAGAAUAUUGCUCAUUAAAAAUCAAGUAAUUGAAUUCUGACUUUCAACAAUGUCCAAGAAUAGCACACAAUGUGUAUUGCUAUUACUGCGAUGAGUGCUUUUCAGCAAUGGAACACAGAUACAUGACGUGACCUAGUGUUAUAGUGUCGAUUUUUAACUAAAAUGUUACUUAGCUUUUUUACUUCAUUGUCAAAAUUCAGGGUAAUCUCUUUACAACUUUCUCACUUGUCUCUAGAUUUUCAAAUAUAUAUUCAUGAUGUACAUCAA